GCCCCGCUGCCUGUUCCUGCCGCCGCUGCCCUGACUCUCUGCCACUUCUUUCCUCUCUUUUCUCUUCCUGCUUAGCUCUCUUCCUUCUGAUACCACUCCCAUAUGGAGACUAAUCACCCUAAACAACUCUCAGAUGAAGAGCCAAAACCUGCAGGAGACAGCUCAUCACUCAAUCAAAAUGGCCUGGAAAAGCAAGCUGGCCAGCAGCCCUCAACGUCACUCGGAGCACCCGAGGAGACAAGUGUCCACCCUGAGAAGGGAACACACGACAUCUCGGAAGAGUUGAACCAACAACUGGAAGACAUCAUAAGCAUGUAUGGGUCUGCUGUCAGUCCCAUGGGGAAAGAGGGCAGCAUGGAAACUAAGGAGCAGCCUGAAAACACAGAGGCACUGGACAAUGAGGAUGGGGACUAUGAAGAAACCUCUGAAGGGGCAGACAGGGAACCCACUGCUUCUGAAGAGGCAGCCACAGCCAGGGAGCCUGCCAGCAAUAAAGAGCAAAAGCUGGAAAAGAAGGUCCUAAAAGGAUUAGGCAAAGAAGCUAACUUGCUAAUGCAAAAUCUGAACAAGCUGCAAACAGCUGAAGAAAAGCUUGACUUUUUAUUCAAGAAGUAUGCUGAGUUGCUGGAUGAACAUCGUGCAGAGCAGAAGAAGCUAAAGCUCCUGCGGAAGCAGCAGGCACAGACCCAGAGAGAGAAGGACCAGCUGCAGAGUGAGCACAACCGAGCCAUCCUCGCUCGGAGCAAACUCGAGAGUCUGUGUCGGGAGCUGCAGAGGCACAACAAGACACUGAAGGAGGAAACCCUCCAACGGGCACGUGAGGAGGAAGAGAAGAGGAAGGAGAUCACGAGUCAUUUUCAGACUACCCUGACAGAUAUCCAGACUCAGAUCGAGCAACAGAGUGAGCGAAAUAUGAAGCUCUGCCAGGAGAACACGGAGCUCGCAGAGAAGCUGAAAAGCAUCAUUGACCAGUAUGAGCUCAGGGAGGAGCAUCUGGACAAAAUAUUUAAACACAGAGAACUGCAGCAGAAGCUGGUGGAUGCGAAACUUGAACAGGCCCAAGAAAUGAUGCAGGAAGCAGAGGAGCGGCACAGACGGGAAAAGGAAUAUUUGCUGAACCAGGCAGCAGAGUGGAAACUUCAGGCCAAAGUGCUGAAGGAACAAGAGACGGUCCUGCAGGCUCAGCUCACUCUCUACUCAGGAAGGUUUGAGGAGUUCCAGAGUACACUGUCAAAAAGCAACGAAGUGUUUGCCACUUUCAAGCAGGAAAUGGAUAAAACAACUAAAAAAAUGAAGAAAUUGGAGAAGGAUACAGCCACAUGGAAAGCCCGGUUUGAGAACUGUAACAAAGCUCUAUUGGACAUGAUUGAAGAGAAAGCCCUGAGAGCUAAGGAAUACGAGUGUUUCGUGAUGAAAAUCCAGAGGCUGGAGAACCUGUGUCGUGCUUUACAAGAAGAAAGAAAGGAACUUUACAAAAAAAUCAGAGAAGCAAAAAUGUCUGAAAAGGAAGAGCAGGGUCAGCACACCUCUGACGAAGAGCCAGAGUCAAAUGUCUCUGAAGACAAAGAGAUAGAUGCAGAGGAAGCCAACAGUGUUCAAAACUCCAUAAAAAACCUGAGCACAGCCUUUACCAUCCUUCAUCAUCCAGAGUCCACCCUGGACCAAGCAGAGGAAAGACAACCAGCAGAGAUGGGUCCUCAGGAUGAAAGUGACAUCACCCCCCAGCAGCCAGAACUAGCCCUUCCGAUUCCUCCUGCUGCUUCGGGGAGCCCUGAACCUCCUGUGGGAUCUCCAGCUGGAGCCAAUGUGGUCUGUGAGGCUGCACCUGUCUCUAUAGCCAGCUGUACCCCUACAGGGGCAGAGCUCCAAAGCCAGGGGUUCCCUGCUGGGAAUCUCCUGGACCAGAAACUCCAGAAGCCAGAGGCAAAAGCUUCUGAUCAGACCCCAGGUCAGGGCUCCCUAGAUGUAGUGGAGACAACAGUCACUGCUCCACCAUCUCCAGAGAGUGAGGGAGUCCCUGCUGUGGUUCCUGGCUGUGAGCCAGGCAAGCAACCCCCACCAGCAGCCACGGAGAUCCCUCCAGGCUCUUCCACCGGGCUCCCCAUAGAGGCCAGUCUGGAUGGAGUGGACUAAGCCUCAUGCACUCUUCAGGCUGUUCGCCCUGCUCCGUCUUCCUCACAGCAGAAUGUCUGUGGAAGGAACUCCAAGGACUAGGAAGAAAGUUAGGGUCAAGACAUUUUUAAUGCUGAGUCUUUGCUGCUGUUCGCAAAUUCUAAGUAACGUGAAAAUUUUCUGUAAUUGUAUAAUGUUUCCAUUGGCAGCCAGACAUAUCAAUGGCAAAUACACAUUUCAUUUCCAUUAAGCUGGUACCUUAAUCCAGUUUAUUAACAGUAAGAUUUGUUAUUUAAUGUCUCCCAUUACAAUAUAUAAAUAUUCUGAGUGUUAUGUUUAUUUCCACAAAUAAUAAGAGCUAUAAUGAAUAUUCAGGUUCCAUUUAAAUAGCAUAAUAUACACUGUUCUUAUGUGUGUAUAUAAUAUACAUGUACAUGUGUGGAUAAAUAAUACAUUCAUGUGUAUAUAUACACAAGUAUUUCCAUAUGUGUAUAUAAAGUCAUCAUACAUUACAAGUAUAUUUCACUCAUUACAGAUUGUUCCCUAUCGCAAGAUAUUUAUAUGCUCAUCAAAAGUUCUCUUACUGUGCCAGGUGGUGGUGGC